AUGGCCGUCGAAAUCGAGUCUGCUGACGUAGUUCGCCUGAUCGAACAGUAUCUAAAGGAAAGCAAUCUGUCGAGAACCUUACAAACUCUUCAAGAAGAAACUGGCAUAUCAUUGAACACCGUUGAUUCGGUGGAAGGCUUUAUGAGCGAAAUAACCAGUGGUCACUGGGAUACCGUUUUGCAGGUUGUACAGAAUCUCAAACUACCGGAUCACAAACUGAUUGAUUUAUAUGAACAAAUUGUCAUUGAAUUGGUGGAGCUUCGAGAACUGGGUGCGGCUCGUACUUUGCUACGUCAGACUGAUCCAAUGAUUGCGCUGAAGCACAACUAUCCUGAUCGUCAUGCGCACUUAGAGAAUCUCUUGGCUCGAUCCUACUUUGAUCCUCGCGAGGCGUAUCCCGAGGGACAGUCGAAGGAAAAAAGAAGGCAAGCCAUAGCCAGUGCCCUGUCCGGUGAGGUCAGUGUGGUUGCACCCUCUAGGCUCCUGGCUUUGUUGGGACAAGCACUGAAGUGGCAACAACAUCAAGGUUUGUUACCGCCUGGAACUGCCAUCGAUGUCUUUCGUGGCAAAGCAGCUGUGAGAGAACAGGAGGAUGAAAAACCACCCACGCAGUUAUCAACCACAAUUCGGGUUGGACAGAAAUGUCACAUUGAGUGUGCCAGAUUCAGCCCCGAUGGGCAGUUUCUUGUCACAGGCUCUAUGGAUGGCUUUAUUGAGGUGUGGAAUUUUACGACCGGGAAACUCCGCAAGGAUCUCAAAUAUCAGGCACAGGAUACUUUCAUGAUGAUGGAAGAAAGCGUUCUGUGUUUGACAUUCAGUCGAGAUUCGGAAAUGUUGGCGUCUGGGUCGAGUGACGGUAAGAUCAAACUGUGGCGAAUCCAGUCUGGUCAAUGUCUUCGUCGUUUCGAGAAAGCGCACAACAAAGGAGUCACAGCCCUACAAUUCUCCAAAGACUCGACCCACGUUCUGAGUGCCAGUUUUGACCAUAGUAUUCGUAUCCAUGGUCUCAAAUCUGGAAAAUUGAUCAAGGAAUUUGUAGGACAUACGGCUGUUGUGAAUUCCGUCGGGUUCACCCCAGAUGGUCACCACAUUCUCAGCGGAAGUGCAGAUGGUUCUGUUCGGGUUUGGUCCAUUCGGUCUGGUGAAUGUACCAACACCUUCAAAGCUAUUUCCGGUCUUGUCGGUCGCGAGGUGGCGAUUCACACUGUUCUGCUGAUGCCUCGGAACGCAGACCAGUUUGUUGUCGGGAGCCGUUCCAAUACAGUGGCUAUCAUGAACAUGCAAGGCCAAGUUGUUCGCAGUUUCACUAACGGAAAGCGCGAGGGAGGUGACUUUGUGGAUGUCACUGUCAGUAGUCGUGGUGAAUGGAUCUAUGGGGUUGCCGAAGACCGUCUACUCUAUUGUUUCAACGUUGCUGCUGGUGGCAAGUUGGAACGUACCAUGCCUGUUCACGAAAAAGAAGUGAUUGGAUGUUCCCAUCAUCCACAUCAGAAUUUGAUUGCCACGUAUUCUGAAGACGGGCUCCUUCGUCUUUGGAAACCCACGUUCCUCUUACUGCCUAUGUUGUUCCUCGAUCAAUUGGGUUCUUGUAUUCACAACGUUCGCAUGGCUCCACCAGGUAAGGCGGACGUUGUUUUCACCGCUGUGGUGAGCUUGGAAAAGUUGAAAAUCACACGGUCUAUUUUCCGAAAAAAGACUCACAGAAGGGAACACAGCAGCUAUAUUAUGAACAAGCGAGUGCGAAUGUACAGCGGUGUUGGAGGGACACUGUCUGAACUUGGUUCAAUGCUGACGCACACGGUCUGGCUUUGUUACGAGGUUGCAACGCGCUACGUAUUGCGGGGGCGUUGUCUGUCUCGUCAACAUCUGGCGGAGCUGAGAGUCUCGGUAGAUUUCGCGCAUUCAGUGGUUGCUUUCAGGAAUGUGACCUUCCUUCCGCAGCUCUCAGAUUGA